CAAGAGUGUCGCCAGUUGCCUUGCCACGAUUGCCAGUCGCGACUGAGACCCGAAGCUGUCCAAAAUGCUGCUGGAGCGACCAAAGCCAGCGGACAGGAAUUGCCUGUACCGUUUCAGAUUACAUUGACCCAUGUCAGCAGCCAUUGGGGUUUCCCGGUUCUGGCACGGCGCUGCACUGAACCCCCUUUCCCCAUUUCUGGCCACUGCAUUUGCGGUUUGCGCCUUGUCUUCUUUCCAGAAGCCCAAUUUUUCCUCGUCCCCUAAAUUCCCCCAUCCCGCUCGAGUUGCCAAUGCCCCUGGCCGCCCCUCGACCCCGACUCGAUUGAGUGGCCGACUAAAAAAGUGUCCAGGACAACACCGACACCGGCUUCGACAACCUUCAUUUGGCCGACGAAUAUAUACGCGUAGCUCCCAUUAUCGCGUAGGAAGCUAGGAGCAAGAGCGCUACAAACAGUGCUAUAGCAUUGUCUUUUAUCCCCACAACCGAAAGAGACCACGGCCAUACACAAGAAGCCAACCACGGACGACGGGAACGCGCGCGCCUUCGAACCCAGACGACUAUAUGAUUACUUCUCUUUGAUAGAUCCUCCAACAUCCCAUGGCGCGUCCAUUGGGGCCGGUUCGUCUUAAGAGGACGAGCCCGGGAACGAUCGCUGUUGGCAUCGUCCUCGUAAUCGUCAUCCUCUACCUUCUAGUAUCCCCCUCAGCUCCCGACUUCUCUGCCGCUCGCAAGGCCACAGCCGCGUUGCAUCCUCUCUCUCCGCCGACAUCACCAUUCCGCAAGUCAAGCGCUGUCGGCGGCAAAGCAGGUCCUCCACCAGUAACACGCUACAACCUCAACAAUGUCACCAUUACAAACGACCCCGUUGGCAACCGCGAGAACGUCCUUGUCCUUACGCCCAUGGCCCGCUUCUACCAGGAGUACUGGGAUAACCUGUUGAAGCUCUCGUAUCCCCACGAGCUAAUCACACUGGGCUUUAUUCUACCCAAGACCAAGGAGGGUAACGCGGCCACCAUUGAGCUCCAGAAGCAGAUCGCAAAGAUCCAGAAGCAUGGACUCGAGAAGGAGAGGUUUAAGAGCAUCAUCAUCCUACGACAAGACUUUGACCCGCCCAUCCCGUCCCAGGAUGAGAGCGAGCGCCACAAGAUGGCAAAUCAGAAGGCACGCCGGGCUGCCAUGGCCAAAGCCCGCAACUCGCUCCUCUUUACGACUCUCGGGCCCGACACAUCGUGGGUGUUGUGGUUGGACGCCGACAUCAUCGAGACACCUCCUACUCUCAUACAGGAUCUUGCCAGCCAUAGCAAGCCGCUCACGGUGCCCAACUGCUUCCAGCGGUUUUACAACGCGGAAAAGAAGGCCAUGGACGAGCGGCCCUAUGACUUCAACAACUGGCAGGACAGCCCGACCGCGCAAGAGCUGGCUUCUAAGAUGGGCAAGGACGACAUUCUCCUCGAAGGUUACGCCGACAUGGCAACCUACCGGGCCCUGAUGGCUUACAUGUAUGAGGCGGGUGCGGAUAUACACACCGAAGUGCCUUUGGAUGGUGUAGGAGGUACGGCGUUGCUGGUGAAGGCCGAGGUGCACCGUGACGGAGCCAUGUUCCCCGCGUUCCCCUUUUACCACUUGAUCGAGACGGAGGGCUUUGCCAAAAUGGCCAAAAGACUGGGCUGGCAAGCAACUGGUUUGCCCAAUUACAAGGUUUAUCACUACAACGAGUGAAACAUUUGCCGGUAUCGAGUUUUACACCGCGUAUCCUAAGCCGCCACUGGACGCAAUAACAGUCUCUCUUUGACGAUGACAGCGUAGUGUCUGGGCCUUCAGAGAUGACUACUCAACCUUUGUCCUAUUCCUCAUUCGUCCUCGAGCUGCCUAAGGCCAUAGGCAAGAGUCUGGCUAGUAACAGUGGAAUUUUCUGCCUUGGAGAUGUUCAAUUUCACAGCAUCCAGAGUUGCUAGGCCCAGCAACUGUGGCGUUCUUCUAAGUUCUUGUAAAUUUUUUGAUGAGUUCUGGGUUAUGGGAAGGAAUGUGGGAAGCGAAAAGUGCACAGCUGGAGGGCGCGGUUCAAAUACACGUCUGAUGUGUGAUGUGCCAGACGCAACCUUGUGUGAUGAUCAAGGUUGUCUGCUCGUUGUCGAGAGAAGAGCUCUUUGCUAACUCCAAAAGCUCUGAGCGACCGGGGCAAGGAAUCUUAUAACAAACCUUAUCUGGUCAAGUUUCCAAAGACAUAGGGUACAGCGACGACUUCUGACGAUAUAUACUAGACUAUGGGCGAGGAAACAUAGGGGACUUUUGAAGUUCAUCUUUCCUAAACUAAUAGCAUAAUGAAAAGUAAGGGGUUGCGGUUAGGUUCCUUGCUGGCAUCAAGUACAGGUUGGUAU